CUCGCAGGAACCUGCACAGCUCUAAACCGGCCAGGGAUCUGAUUGAAGCUACCGCUGCCCGGUGGGCGGGACUUAAAGCCUCAGCUGAGUUUGUCUGCCGUACUAAUUGCUUCUAGCAAAGUACUGUGAGGUUGCAAAUCUUCUCUUCACUUGCACGAUUUGUCCCGCACAGCUCCUCAUGCACAGGCUGUUUCAUAUAGAAAGUACUGGCCUGCGCUGCUUCCAGUAGGGACACUAGAGAAACACUUUGCGUCCUUGCACCCCCUGUACCCAGGGCAUCACAGUCUUACUGAAGAACCAUGUUACUCUUCAGCCUGCUCUGCCUGCUUCUUCCCACAGCUGAAUCCAUUGACCCAGAGAUGGAGAUUGUGAUUCCGAAGGUGGUGUGGCCACACAGAGGAGAGGGACCAGACUACAGGAAUUCUAGGAAACCUCGCUCUGUUCUUGGUUACACUGGGAAUUACCCAAAUAUCCUCUACAUACAACUGCCUAUGGCCAGUAGAAACCUAUACUUGAACCUACAGAGGGACAAUCACUUUCUGGCUCCAGGAUUUAUAGUGGAGAAAAAAAACAGUGAUGGAAACACAAUAGAGAGACAAACACCAGUGGAUGAGCUCUGCUUUUAUACUGGACAAGUUCUGAAUCACAGCAGUUCUUUUGCAUCCAUCAGUACAUGUGCCGGGCUGACUGGAUACAUUCACAUGGGAGAGGAGCAGCUCAUGAUCCAACCAAUCAACAGUACAUCAGAGUCCAAGUUUCCCUUGUCUGGAAGAGAACACAUUAUCAGGAGGAAGCGUUCUGUAUCUUCUAUAUCACUUGGCCAUUCAAAUAUGGAGCGGAGUAACUGCCAUGUUGUAUCAGGGAAGAAGAAAAAGCAGCGUAAAAGGGAGGAAGGAGAAGACUGGCGUGGACGCAGGAACGCAAUCCGACUGAAUGAAGAGCACACAGUGGAGACUCUGGUGGUGGCUGAUUCUGACAUGGUGCAGUAUCAUGGAGCUGAGGCUGCCCAGAGGUUUAUCCUGACUGUUAUGAAUAUGGUCUACAACUUGUUUCAACAUAAGAGCCUUGGGAUCAAGGUGAACAUCCGAGUGACUAAGUUGGUUCUUCUGCACAGUCGACCGGCCAAACUCUCUAUUGGUCACCAUGGUGAGAGGUCUCUGGAGAGCUUUUGUCAUUGGCAGAAUGAGGAACAUGGAGGAAACAAGUACUUGGGGAACAACCAAGUUCCUGGAGCGAAGGACGACAUUCCUGUAGAUGUGGCUGUGUUCAUGACCAGGACAGAUUUCUGCGUCCACAAAGAUGAACCUUGUGACACUGUGGGAAUAGCUUACCUUGGAGGAGCAUGCAGCGCCAAACGCAAGUGUGUUCUAGCAGAGGAUAAUGGGCUGAAUUUGGCAUUUACUGUUGCUCAUGAGCUGGGCCACAAUAUGGGAAUGAGCCAUGAUGAUGACCACCCAUCCUGUGCUGGACGUUCACACAUAAUGUCUGGUGAAUGGGUGAAAGGUCGGAACCCUAGUGAUCUUUCUUGGUCCACCUGCAGCCGGGAUGAUCUGGAGAACUUCCUGAAGUCCAAGGUGAGUUUGUGCCUCCUUGUGACCGACCCACGCAGUCAUUAUGCUGUCAGGCUUCCCCACAAACUCCCGGGAAUGCAUUACAGUGCCAGCGAGCAGUGUCAGAUCCUGUUUGGCAGCAAUGCCACUUUCUGCAAAAAUAUGGAGCAUCUGAUGUGUGCUGGACUUUGGUGUCUGGUGGAAGGAGAUUCUUCCUGUAAGACUAAGCUGGACCCUCCUCUCGAUGGCACAGAAUGUGGUGCAGAUAAGUGGUGCAGAGCUGGUGAGUGUGUGGGCAAGACGCCUAUACCACAACACGUGGAUGGAGACUGGAGUGCAUGGAGUUCGUGGAGCAUGUGCAGCAGGACGUGUGGCACGGGGGCUCGUUUCAGGCAGAGGAAGUGUGACAACCCUCCCCCGGGGCCUGGAGGUCGCAGUUGCCGAGGUGCUAGUGUUGAGCACAUGGUUUGUGAGAACUUGCCCUGUCCAAAGGGAGUCUCCAGCUUCCGAGAUCAUCAGUGUCAGUCCCACGAUCGCAGCAGUAACAAGAAAAAAAGCCCCCUCACAGCUGUCAUCAUUGAUGACAGACCAUGUGAGCUUUUCUGCACCCCUGUGGGUCGCGACGCACCAGUGCUGAUGGCAGACAGAGUCCAGGAUGGAACACCUUGUGGUCCUUAUGAGACUGAUCUCUGCGUUCAUGGCAGGUGCCAGAAAAUUGGCUGUGAUGGGAUCAUUGGCUCUUCUGCUAAAGAAGAUCGAUGUGGCAUAUGCAGUGGCGAUGGAAAGACCUGCAAGGUUGUGAAAGGAGACUUCAAUCACACCAAGGGAAUGGUUAACCGUAGUCAUUGUAAGAAGGUUUCCACAUGUGUCAUGACAAAGGCAAAAGCACAGCCCAAGUGUUUCACAUGUUAUAUUGAAGCCGCUGUGAUCCCUGCAGGAGCCAGGAGAAUUCGGGUAGUGGAGGACAAGCCAGCGCACAGCUUUCUGGCUCUGAAAGAUUCUAUCAAGAAAUCUAUCAACAGUGACUGGAAAAUUGAGCUCCCAGGGGAGUUUCAGAUUGCUGGCACCACCAUCCGUUAUGUGCGCAGAGGCCUAUGGGAGAAGAUCUCUGCAAAGGGACCUACAAAGACCCCCUUGCACCUCAUGGUGCUGUUAUUCCAUGACCAGAAUUAUGGAAUCCAUUAUGAGUACACAAUUCCCGUGAACCAAUCCUCAGAGCAGAAAUCUGAGCCAGAGAAGCAGCCAGAUCCUCUGUACAUGUGGACACACAGCAGCUGGGAGGGAUGCAGUGUACAGUGUGGGGGAGGUGAACGACGAACAGUGGUGUCCUGUACGAAAAUAGUGAAUAAAACCAUGAUUAUUGUGAAUGACAGUCUCUGUCUUCACACGUCUCGUCCUGUGCCGCAGGUCCGCAAAUGUAAUGUUCAUCCAUGUCAAUCCAGAUGGGUGACUGGAAUGUGGAACCAUUGCUCUGCUACUUGUGACAGAGGCUUCCAGCUAAGGGAGGUGAGCUGUGUAUACCAGCUACAGAAUGGGACCUUUGUCAACACUCAAGACUUUUACUGCCUGGGUCCCAAGCCAGCGACAAGACAGAUGUGUGAAGGACAAGACUGCCUGUCUAUCUGGGAAGCUUCGGAAUGGUCAAAGUGUUCCUCUGACUGUGGUAGGGGCACCAAGAAGAGGCGGAUAUCCUGCACCAAUUCAAAGGGGAAAUGUGUUUCAGCCACCAGGCCACGGGCUGAGGAAGAAUGUGAGGAUUACACAGGCUGCUAUGAGUGGAAGACAGGGGAUUGGUCUAAGUGCUCUUCUACAUGUGGGAAAGGACUCCAGUCUAGAGUGGUGCAAUGUAUGCAUAAGGUGACAGGUCGGCAUGGCAACGAAUGCUCCAUCAGUUCCAAGCCGGUUGCUUACAGACAGUGUCAUCAAGAGGCUUGCAAUGAAAAAGUCAACGCCAACACUAUCACUUCUCCAAGGCUGGCCGCCCUAACAUAUAAGUGUACAGGGGACCAGUGGACAGUUUAUUGCAGAGUUAUCCGCGAGAAGAACCUGUGCCAGGACAUGAGGUGGUACCAACGUUGCUGCCAAACUUGCAGAGACUUCUAUGCCAACAAACUGCAACCACAGAGCUAGUGACCCUGAGCCACACAAUGCAGCAGUGUAAUGUAAAGAGAGCUGAGCAGCAGUCAUUACAGACUUGACAACAUUAUUUUCAAGCCUAUGCUGCCAAAACAGUCCAUUCUGGCAAACCAGAGAACAAGUGUCACAUAUCCUCUAUACCGGCCACUUGUUGUUCUCCUCUCUUGGUUUUCGCAUGGCUGCUGACCUAGGUCAAAUACAUAUGACUUGAUUAUGGAAUAUUGUGUUACAUACGGCAAACAACCUCAGGCAAAUGAAGCAAGCGAAAACAAACAGCGAAGAGCUUUCUACGUUUGCCAAAACUGAAAGAGGUGCAAAAUGAUGUCAUGUUUAUUAAUGCUGUGUGUGAGAUAAUCUGCUGUGCCGAGCAGUUCUUGGCUAUAAAAUGGUGCCAGACGUGAUGUACUGUUCCAAGGGAAUAUUAAAGGUGCUUCGUGAGUUUUGCA